AUGGCCGUGGCUAACCACUUACUCAGCUUCGUCUACGCCGCCGGCUGGCCACAACACCACCAAGCGUCCUCUCGACCUUCCUCUCGACCUUCCGCUGGUCCGUCUCCCCUUGGCCAUUUGCGCUCCCUGUCGCCCGUUGCCGCCACAACCCAGUCCACGCCGCCCUCUCCGACGCAGCAAAAGACUCGUCUACCUCUCAAAUCACCAUCCACCUCGCAGCUUCGCACCAUUUCCCUCGCAGCCUCCCGUUCCGCCCCCGUCCUCGACGAUGAGAUGAGCACCCUGCCCGAUCCGCGGAGUCGCGCCAAAAGCCCGGCCAACGACAACGCCGAGCCGGGUUCCAGUCGCCAUCCUGACCUCGAUGAUGAAGUCGCCACUCUGAGCACGAAACUCAUCAACGCCAUCAACUACCAGACCGUUCUCGAUGACACCCUCACGGCGACCCGGCACGAGUUGUCCGCAGCCAAGGACCGCAUACGGGAGCUAGAGUCUCAGAAUUCCUCGAUGCGGGACACCCUUCAGGGCGAUGUUUGGGUUCGUCGAUCAACCCUGGACGCAGAGAAAAAGGCCCUUGCCAUGGAAAAGAAGGCCAUGCAGGCCAAACUAGACGCAGAAACCGCCCGGCGUCUUGACACCGAAAAGGACAAGAGGAAGAUCGAACAAGAACUGGAGAACCUUACCACGGCCCUGUUUGAGGAGGCAAACAAAAUGGUCAUUGGGGCCAAGGAAGAGGCGCAGGUCCAGCACGAGGCCUUGCGGCGCAAGAUUGAUCAGCUCAAGGCCCAGCUUGCUGAUUCGGAGGGACUCUUGAAAUCCCAGCAGGAGCAACUCUCCGAGCUGAAAAGCGUCAUGGAGACGAUGGCUUCUGAGCACGACGAGCAGACGAAUGGCACAGCACCGCCGUCUCCGGGCGUCGUCAGGUUCGACCAUGAAUACGAUGACAGAGCGGUUCCGUAUUCACCCGACCUCGUCUCCCCUUCCACGGAUUCAUUCGCCCCGUGCUCGCCCUUGAUUUUGUCGCAUCUCAUUCAGCCCGCUCUGCGGACCGACCUCCCGGUAUUCGACGAUUUCAUGAGUCUGGUCAGACUGUCCCACAGCAGGCAUUCCGCUAGUAGGAUCUCCUCGGGAUCGCUGGGAGGCAUCAACGCCCUUGCACUGGGCCUCGGUGGUUCUACGUCGAGCGCCCAUCCCUCCAACGCCUCCACCUCUUCGCUCAGCGCCUCCACGCCGGCCGACAAGAGCGCUCCGCAAUCGCCAAACACCCCAGCAUCGACAGCAAGCGCAAGCGCGGGCUCAAGCGGCGUGCCGCUUCCUGCGCUCAAGGAGACUCGGUUUUACAAGAGGGCGCUGACCGAGGACAUUGAGCCGACCCUGCGUCUCGACAUCGCCCCUGGUCUCUCGUGGCUUGCCCGCCGCACCGUGCUCAACUCGAUUGCAGAGGGGUCUCUGGUCGUCGAACCAAUCCCGGCCGGCGCAACGUGCAAUGCUAGCACUGCUAAGCCGCAGAUGCAACCUUGCUCCCUUUGUGGGGAGUCGAGAAAGGACUCUCAGUACUUGCGAAACCACCGAUUCAGGACUAGCGAGGCGGAUUCGGCCCAGAGGUAUCCGCUUUGCAAUUAUUGUUUGAACAGAGUUCGCUCCACCUGCGACUACAUUGGCUUUCUACGCAUGAUCAAGGACGGCCACUGGCGAGCAGACGACGAGGACCAGGAGAAGGCGGCCUGGGAAGAGAGCGUGCGGCUUCGAGAUCAGAUGUUCUGGGCACGCAUCGGAGGCGGCGUCGUCCCUGCCUCUCCCGGCCACGCUGAUGACGAAGCGGGCCAGGAAGCCAAGGUCGGUCGACACCCGGAGUCGUCGUCCGGCGGCGCGUCCGAACCAGCGCACUCGUCGGAAAAGAAGGUUGUGUGCUGCUCUACGCCAAAGCACCGCACCCACGACGAGGUCCACUCAUCCGCAUCCGCGCCCGCCACCCUCGAACCCCACACUCCCCCCGAACAGACUGACGGCGGACGCAUUUCCGUACACUCUGCCGGCUCGAAUGGAACUGGAACCAGCAACUCUGACAGCACCACGCGACAGUCUGCGGAAUAA